UAUUAACCAAACCAAUUUCCAGCUGAUUUUCUGUAUUCUUGUACCACUAACACACAACACAUGACAACACACACACACCAUUUCUCUCUCUGCUAAAGAUUCGAAACUCUAAAGCAGAAUUUUCGUACCAUUCCAAUUAGUCUUCUUCUUGUUAUUAUUUUUAUACUUAUAUUAUAUAGUUCUAUGAUUAGCUGGCUUUGAUCAAAUAUAAUAUUUUGAAUUUUGUGUAAUGGAGAGUACUGAUUCAUCAACCGGCUCUCAUCAGCAACCUCAACUGCCACCUGGCUUUCGUUUUCAUCCAACUGAUGAAGAACUUGUUGUUCAUUACCUUAAGAAAAAAGUAGCCUCUGUUCCUUUACCUGUUUCUAUUAUUGCUGAAGUUGAUCUUUACAAAUUUGAUCCUUGGGAACUUCCUGCUAAGGCAACGUUUGGAGAACAAGAAUGGUACUUCUUCAGUCCAAGGGAUAGGAAGUAUCCAAACGGGGCGAGGCCAAACAGGGCAGCAACUUCAGGUUAUUGGAAAGCUACCGGAACCGACAAGCCGGUGCUUACCGCCGGUGGGACUCAAAAAGUUGGUGUUAAGAAAGCACUAGUUUUCUAUGGAGGCAAACCACCAAAAGGGUUGAAAACAAAUUGGAUCAUGCAUGAAUAUAGACUUGCUGACAAUAAAACAAAUAAUAAGCCCCCUGGUUGUGACCUUGCCAAUAAAAAAUCCUUAAGGCUAGAUGAUUGGGUUUUAUGUAGGAUUUACAAGAAGAACAAUACUCAAAGACCAAUAGAUCACGAGAGGGACGAUUUGAAUAUUGAUAUGAUGAUGGGAUCAUCAUCAAUUAAUCCACCAUGCCUCCCAAAUUCAAUGUCAAUGCCAAAUCCAUUUGGUCAACCAAAAAUUCCACCACUAAAAUCUUCAAAUUUUGGUACAUUGUUUGAAAAUGACCAAAAUUUAUAUGAAGGAGGAUCCCAAUUUUCUUCAAAGAGACCAUUGGCAAAUUUGUACUGGAAUGAAGAUGGAGCAGCUAGUAACGACAAUUCUCAAUCAACAAAAAGGUUUUUAACGGAGAAUAUGGAAGACGGUAUAAAUAUGAAUGCUCGAGCAGAUGAACAGAAUGGAUCUAUCGUAAGUCUUCUGAGUCAACUUCCUCAAACUCCGUCACUUCAUCAGCAACAAGCUCUGGGGUCUCUUAGUGACGGAGUUUUUCGACAACCUUAUUCGGGGAUGAACUGGUACUCUUAGACAUCAAAUCAAAGAAAACAAAUAUUU